AUGCAAGCGAUCAUCCAACACUCUGGGCUGGAAACAUCCGUCGAAAACGUGACAGAACCUUUGCGGAGAGAUUCUUUGGAAAAGGGCGCGAAACUGACCUGCUUUCCAAGAUGGCGGCGGCUUUGCCUGAUAAGGACAUUUGUGGUAAUCGCAGGGGUGGGUGGUCUUUUCGUCAGUAUUUUACGUAUUUACAUCAGCUCUCAGAUUUCCACCAUCGAGAAACAGUUUGGCUUCAGUAGCGCUAAGAGCGGCUCAGUAAAGAUAGGCUACAACAUCGGAUACCUGAUUUUUGUGAUCCCAGUCAGCCAUCUUGGCUCCACCUCCCAUCGCCCCCGAAUCCUUGGCGCCAUUUACCUAAUGAUCGGCGUUGCUGGUAUCCUAGCCGCUGUACCUCAUUUCAUUCUAAAGCCACGCCAGUUCAGCCCGAGAUUUCUUAAUAAAUCCGACACUUCAGCCUGGGUCUUGGCCAUGUUAUGCCGUAAUGAUUCUCUACCAGCAAAUCUGACGGAUGUUGAAAACUGCGAGGCGCAACAGGGAAGCUCUCACAUUUCUGGAUCCUGGAUUGCCUAUGGUCUUCUGGCGGCUUCUUACCUUUUGCAAGGAAUGGCGAAUGGCCCCAGGACUUCGCUUCAGAUCUCGUAUGUGGAUGACAACGUUGAAAAACAUUCGACUGGGUACUUCGUAGGUAUAAUUACGUUUCUGAGCAUACUUGGCGGCGUUGCGGCGUUUUUGCUCGGGGGACUCUUUAAUCGACUUUACGUUAACCUGUAUGAUCCAGGAUUCGGUCCUAAAGAUCCCCGCUGGAUUGGUGCCUGGUGGCUGGGCUUUCUGGUUUUUGGGACAACGUCCGCCAUAUGGUCGGUUUCCUUCUUCUUCUCAUUCCCAAAACGCAUAAACACACACGAAGAAGGAAGAACAGAAAAGGCGGCAGUGAAGAAGAAGAAAAAGAAGAAGAGAUCUCAGCACAUGAAGGACUUACUACCAGCGCUUGGACGACUGGUAAAGAAUCCUGCCUACUGCUGCAAUGUCCUGGCCCAAACGUUAACCUCCUUUGCUCUUUGGGGAAAGAUCGCUUUCAUGGCAAAGUACAUAGAACUACAGUUCGGAAUACCAGUCUGGAAAAGCAAUGUAAUAGUUGCUAUGGCGUCGGCUGCAGUCGCGGAUAUCGGUGCUCUCACAGGAGGGGUGCUGAUAUCGAGGUUACGUCUUAACCCACUGAGUAUGUUUAAGCUGAUGACUGUAGCUAUUACCUUGUCUACAGCAGCCAGCGUGGGCACGACUUUGUUUACUUGCUCGGACAAGCUGGAGAUCGAUGUCUUAAAACAAAGAUGCGUUGAUAAAGAAGAUAAAGCCGUGGCCCUGGGCAGUAUGGCGUUUGUCAAGCGUGUGAUGGGAGAACUACCCAGCGGACCCGUCUUUGGGCUCGUCAUCGAUUCAACCUGUUCAGUUUGGAACCGGACGUGCGAGGGAACUGGAGCAUGCGCUCUUUACGACAACCAGUCAUUACGCUUUGGCUAUCUUGGACUAUGGGCAGGGUUGAAAUUCCUUGCAACAGUUGCCUCAGUCGUGGGAUAUCUCUUUGAACGGAAGCGCCUUGGUGGCGAUCGGACUGUGGAGAAAACUGAUGUGGAUGAGAAAAUGAUCAUGGACACUGCAGCCAUCUAG